AUGUAUACCAUCGAUAACAAAACUUAAAACAACCAGAAUACAUCAUUGCAAACUCUGAUUUGUCCUCUAGAAUUGGAAUAAUAACCAAUCAUUAAUAGAUUAAAUACCAAUGAGGAUCUGCAUUAAAGCACAUAAAAAAACUCAGGCGAAGUAGUCAAUAUUAUUUGUAAGACAAACAGUUUUUUAGGAAUAAAGUUUAAAGAGAGAGUUUAGCUUUUAACUGGAAUUAGCAUAUAUAUUGUUACUAUAAUGGGAAAUCUAGUUGCCCCAUUCAUCUUCCAUUCCUCAAAUAUCAUUUUGAAAAACAAAUUCAAUCUAAAUGAUGAAGAAGAGCUGGUAAAAUUUAGUAGUAUGAUAUAUAUGACUACAAUUAUAACUUUGGCAAUAGUUAGUCCGUUUAUUGGAGGACUUUUGGACUUCCUUGGAAGAAGGAAAAUGCUUACAAUAAUUUUUAUUUCUACCGGAGUAUUCUGUGCAAUUCUUCCCCUCUCUGCUAGAAUUUGGCUUGAUUUUACAAUUAUUAGAAUUAUUCUUGCAGUUCUAACUAACACAAUGAUAAACAAUACUUUGAUUGCUGACUAUGUGAAAAAUGAAAGUAUUGGUAAAGCUGUUAUAUACAAUAAUUUUUCUAGAUAUAUUGGAGCCUUCCUAUCCACUUCUCUGUUCUUAAGUCUAAUUGCUUACACCUCUAUUUCAAUUACUUAUAACGUGAUGGCAGUAUUGAUGUGUUUGACAGGAGCAUAUUUAUUUUUUUCAUUGAAGGAACCUUAAGAAUUGUCAAUAAUAGAACAAAAUCCUAAUACUCAAGGUUUUCAAAAUAACUAAAGAUAUGCGGUUAGUUAUUGGAGUAAUAUCAAGGGAGGAAUCCAAGAAUGCAAGAAUAACUCAAUUCUUAUCUUUUGCUUGAUGCAAAAUUUUGUAGUGCGAAUGGGUACCGUCCUUGGUUCAAAUGCUUAUAGUUUGUGGGUUUUAGCGAACAUUGCUGAUUAAAAAUAGGCAUUUGCGUUGUUGGCUUUUGCGCUUUCUUUAUCCAGUUUUCUUAACUUCCUAAUACAAAUACCUUUAAUUAAAUUGCUUGAUAAAAUAAGGCCAAGUAUCUUGCUUUUUUUCGUUUAAAUAUUCAGGGGCUGUUCUUUAUUGAUUCCAAUGCUUAUUGAUAAUAAAAAUCCAUAACUUAUAGCUGCUGCUAUAGUUAUUAUGGCUCUAGCGAAUGGAAUGGCAAAUGUUGGAAGAGAUUUGAUAUUUCAAAAAAACUAAGGAGCAUAAUCGAGAGGUGCCAUGGUUGGCUUCAUGGAUUUAUUUUAAAACAUCGGUAUACUUCUUUAUAUAUCGGUAUUUGCCUUUUUAUUUUAAGUUAUUGGACUUAAUGGAUGCUUUGCAUUCCUAGGGAUUUGCGAUUUAAUAUUGCUGGCAAUCUCAAUGAAAUUUGAUUUAAAUAAGAGAUCAAGAAUAUGA